AUGCUAAUUUCCCCGUCUCCUCCGCCGCAGACGACGGCGGCCAUCCACCGGAAUACUUUUCACCUGACACGCAGAUUAUGGGUCGCCAGCGGAUUCAUGUUCGUGGCGGUGGUUUGUGCUUUUUCAAUUUCGUUAAUGUUCGUUUUCCAUUACUACAAGACAAGAGUCCACGACACCGAAUCCAGAUCGCAACCGCAGACGGCGGAGCAAAUUCCGGCCUCCGCGGUGGCUUACAGAGAGGAAAUUAGGGAUUGCGGCGGCCGAUGCGCGAUCUGCAUUGAGGGAUUUGCGGAGGAAGAGAAGUGUGGAGUUAUUGAAAAUUGCGGCCAUUUUUUCCAUAAGGAUUGUAUCGAUCGGUGGCUGAAGAUUGAGAGCCGUUGCCCACUCUGCCGCUGUUCUAUUGUUUUUCAGAAUCGUCCAUGA